CCAGAAUCUCCUGACUCAGCCUACACAACACAACAUUACCCAUUAUAGACCACGGCUGUGGCAGUCCAACUAAGUGUACGGAACGGACUGACAUAUGGUUGCACGAUUUUUCUGUACUUUAGAAUUACAGCGACCUUUACAGUAAUACAGUUACGACGCUGCAGCGACAUUUCUGUGUCAUGUGUCCAGAGUGCCGGGCUGUCAGCACCGAACAGCCGAAGGUACCUCCCGCUAAAAAGAGUAAUGUGAGAUGGGCCUCAGGCAGCGCAAAAUGCCUUACCAGAAAUAUGGCCGGUUCCAGCUUCCUGACGUUACCGACAGUUGUCUUACUUUUACUUUCCACAAGCCUAUUUGGCAGCUGCAGCGAACUCAGCGGGGCUACUGGGUCUCCCACGAUUGCCGCAGCAGAUUCCUCACUGGGAGAGAUCCUGAAAAACUAUGACAGAAACAUACGUCCCAACUUUGGAGGCCCGCCUGUGCGAGUUGGCAUCACCAUGAGCAUUGCCAGCAUCGACAGCAUUUCAAUGGUCAACCUGGACUACACCAUCACCGUGCUCCUGAGACAGUUCUGGAAAGACCCGCGCCUAGCUCAACCGUGGCUGAAAAACGUAACCCGGCCCAUGAGCCUAGACGGAAGGCUGGCCGAGGACCUGUGGGUUCCCGACACAUUUCUGACCAAUGCAAAGGAAGCCUUCAUGCACACAGUCACAACAGACAACGUGCUAAUCAGGCUCUACCCUGACGGGUCUGUUAUCUACGGAAUGAGGAUAACGGCUGUGGCUCACUGCAACAUGAACCUUCGGAAAUAUCCGUUGGACCAACAGAACUGCACACUGGAGUUCGAGAGUUACGGUUACACGACCGAGGACCUGCAGCUGUACUGGAUGCGUGGCGAUGAGUCCAUCUCGGGGCUGCAUUCUGUCAACGAAGACCUGCAGACCUUCCAGGUCGGGGACUACCUCACCUCCGAGAGAGUCGCGCACUAUGAGACAGGAGACUACAUAGUGGUUGUCUUCAAGUUUCACCUGACCCGGCGGAUCAUGUACUUCCUGAUGCAGACCUACAUCCCUGCUGCCCUCAUCGUCAUGAUCUCCUGGGUCGGCUUCUGGGUCAACCCCUACUCCGAGCCAGCCCGAGUGGCUCUCGGUAUCACCACGGUUCUGACCAUGACGACCUUCAUCACCAGCGAGCGAGCCUCCGUGCCGAUCUCCUAUGUCAAAGCCAUCGACGUCUACCUCAUCAUCUGUUUCCUCUUCUCCUUCGGCGCACUGAUUGAAUACGCCAUCGUCAACUACACCACACUCGUCAGGCAGAAGAAGGAGACCAAGAAGUCACCCUUACCGUCCCCUAUUGUCACCAACAUCCCACCAUCGCCGAUGACAACAAGGAAUGAUAUACAGAUGCUAGAAGUCGAAAGUGACGGAAGAAUCGCGCCUUUGGCAACCGUGGUUGAGGCGGACAUGGACUAUGAGAAUCCGUCCGACGCGGCCAGCACACCAUCAGACGACAGCGGCAUCAGCAGACCAACGUUCCGGUACAGAGUGAGAGACAAAGUCAAGGCGAGGACCACCCAGGCAGGCCACAGAGUCAGAGCAACAACCAGUCGAGUCAGACAGAGGGUUGGCAAAAUUUUAGACGACGAAUGCAUCAUAGACAGAAGGUCGAGAUAUCUGUUCCCCUUAGCAUUCACCGUGGUCAACCUAGUCUACUGGUUCACGUACAUAUAUGUAGACAUGGACGAUGAGAAAAUAGAACGUGAUUUUUAUUUUCAGGUUACGCCAGUAAGUACAAACUUAACGACGGUGGACUGGGACCCCCAGCCGAUCCAGGACAACUACUUAGCGACCAGCUACACUCCUGCCUGGGUCCCUGAUAUGAAGAAAAAGCUCGUCAACUACAAUCGAAACCUUCGACCUGGAUUCGGAGGACCACCACUUCUGGUGAGGAUGAGUAUGGACGUGGUGAGCAUUGACCACAUCUCAGAAGUUGACCUCGAUUUCACCAUCUGUAUCCUCCUGCGGCAGUACUGGAAGGACGAGCGUCUGGCGUUCACUGGGACCAACGAGAGCAUCAGUCUGGACGGCCGUCUGGUGGAGUACCUCUGGGUUCCUGAUACAUUCUUUCCAAACUCCAAAUUCUCAUUUCUUCACAACGUCACCAUGGCAAACAGGUUACUUCGUCUUUGGCCAGACGGGUCAAUUGUGUAUGGCCAAAGGGUGACAGUUAUUGCCGAAUGUAACAUGGACCUGAGGAAGUAUCCUCUGGACAAACAGAAUUGUAGCCUACACAUUGAGAGCUAUGGCUACACUACUGACGACAUGAUCUUCAAGUGGCUGAAAGGAGACGACUCUGUUCGGGGCUUGCAGAACCUCCAGGUUGCACAGUUCACCGUGAAGAACCACCGGACAAAAGAAAUGAUUGCAACCUACGAAACAGGAGGUUACCCACACGUGGCCUUCAGUUUCCGGCUGACCAGGGAAGUGGCCUACAUCUUCCUCCAAAUGUACGUCCCCUCCACCCUACUGGUCAUGAUCUCAUGGGUCAGCUUCUGGAUCAACAAAGACUCGCCACCAGCCCGGGUCUCACUCGGUAUCACCACGGUUCUUGCACAGACCACCUUUGUGACGUCCGCACGUGCCUCCCUGCCGAAGAUUUCGUACAUCAAGGCCGUCGACGUCUAUCUUCUGAUGUGCUUCUUCUUUGUCUUCGGUGCCCUUUUAGAAUACGCCGUCGUCAGCUUCGAGUCUACACGUAGGAAACGCAAAGCUGCUAAAAGAGAGAAGGAAAUUCAGACUCAGCGGGAGAGGGAGAUAGCUCAGCGAGCCGCGUUCGUUGAUCAAAUUUUCCAAGUUCCUCCCGACGGAAAGUUGCCUGUCAGUGCUGUUGAACUUCUGGCGAGAUCGACUUGGCUUACCAAACAGGCUUCCGCUUACGCAAACCAAGAGCUGCAGAUGGUCAACACCGUGCCUGAAGAGGAGUCUUGGGACACGAAGGAGGGGAGUUCCAGUGGGAUAUCUGAGGAGACCAAGGCUCGCAGGAUGGCCAAGCUCAGGGAGAAGGUGGCCAGAAUCCAGAAAGUGUCCUUACACGACAUAGAGGACGUGGAUAAUAUAGACAGAUAUUCAAGAGUCCUAUUCCCAAGUACUUUUGUCUUUUGUGUCGUCCUGUACUGGACAGUAUAUUUGCUGAAGAUGUAAGCUGUCCUAAAAUUUGAAAUGGCCGAACGUUUUGUCAUAGAUACCUGCAAGAUAUUGAGAGGUGUACAACUUAGUCUACUAAAGAUCUGAUCACAGAUGAAUCUAUUUAUAUGAAUAAGUAGCAGAUCCAUGGAUUGUUAUACUGUACAGUACAAAAUGAUAUUUUCAAGAGUACAUGUCGAUGUUGAUUUAGAGGGGCAUUAAAGGGAAUGAAGCUCAUGGUUAUGAGAACAUCGCCAAAGCGACUUAAACGUAAAUUCCAUUCGGCAUUACUAUGGCACCUGGUAUAAAGGCA